UUUUAAAGCCAAGAAAGCUACGCCUUUCUAUAAAUACAUUUAACUAGCGCGCGGUCGUGGUCCUGUGGUGUUUACCAAUUAGUGGCAAAUUUCGCUUACGAUUAUGAAGGAACACUUAUUUUGACCUUAAAACUGAAGACAAUGUGCGCAAUCCACCUGCUAAUGAUUGUUAAGUGAAGAAAGCUUUACGUAAACUCAGCAUAGCUGAGCUCGUGAUGUGAAUGUUGCAGGUAAAUACAGACUCUUGAGCAGGCGUUUAAUCCAGGAACCAAACUUGCCUUUCUUCGGACUUUAGUCAGUUGAAAAUGUACCAUAACGGGCGACUCGGCAGUAGUAGCAGCACCUCUACAUCCUCGGGAGGAUCGUCGGAUCUGCGGGUGUCUGGGGCCGUGGAGUUGGCAGACCCCGCCAAUACUGCGCAGAUACUAGCUCAACUGCAAAAUCCUGACCGAGCCCGAUUCUCCGACACCAGCUGGCAGAUCCACCGGACCUGGCGGCGCGAGGACCCGCUCCCGCUGUCGCCUCCAUCGCUGCGCGUCGCGGCAGCUACGUCAGCACCCGCUCCACAACUCCGCAGUGACCAGAAUGGCAUCUAUGACACCAUCACGACACGAGCCGUCAGCGCUCCUGCCACUCCCGCCGGUGCGUUAUUUGGAAGGGAUCAAACUGGCGCGCGGUCAGCGAGCUUCCCCGUCGGCGGGUCCGCGGGGCGUCUGGACCUGUGCUACGUCGCCGAGCGUAUGCUGGCGCUGCACCUGCCCGACCGGGACGCGCACGCCGAGGCGCAGGCCGCGCACAUGCUCACCAACAAGCACGGCGAACAUUUCAUGGUGUUUGAGGUGAGCUGUAGCAACGGCAGCGGAGCAGGGCGAGACGCGCAUGUGGCAUUUGGGCGCGCGCGAGCGUUAGGCUGGGCGGGGACGUUAGCGCCGCCGCUGGAGCGACUAUGCGCCGCUUGCAAGCACAUCGAGAGCUGGCUGGCCGCGCACCCGCGGAACGUAGCUGUACUACUCGCCUGGGGUAACCGAGAACGACUGGGCGUGUUGGUAGCGGCGUAUAUGCACUACUCUGCGAUCUGCGGUGCGCCCGAGCACGCGUUGGACCGAUACGCCAUGCGGCGCUACCUCGACGACCGCGUGCCCGUCUUCCACCUGCCGUCCAACAAGAGGUACAUCGAUACAUUUGCUGGCCUGCUGGCGGGUCAAAUCCGCGUGAACGCGGCGCCGCUGCACCUGACCCACGUGAGCGUGGCCGGCGCACUAGCUCCGGCUUCGGAGCCCACCAUUGCCUUUCUGAAGAUCUAUGAGAACUUUGUCUGCGUCUAUACCUCGGGCUUGUACAUGGUGAGCGGCGGCGGCUGGACUGUGGGCGUGGGGCGCCUGGCGCUGCGAGGCGACGUACUCGUGCGAGCAUACAGAAGACCAGCGCAAGCGCAACAGCGGCGGCUCGUGUUCGCGUGCCAGUUCCACACGUGCGCCGUCGCGGACCACACGCUCUCCUUCACCAAGCAGCAGCUGGACCACGCCGCGCACGACCCAUCGUUCCCGUCCGAUGGCGCAGUGGAGCUGGUGUUUGCGCGCAGUGAGGGUGGCGGUGGUGCUGCGCCGGCGCCGACACCGGCGGCCCCAUUGCGCGCCGCGCCCGAUGCACUAGCCCGAGCCGACUCGCUCGAACACCUGCGCCCGCUCUCUACGCUCACCGAUGAUGACCCUGGUGAAAACAACGGCAGCGCAGAAGGUUCCGGGUCGGGUGGCGAGGCCGGGGAGGGGGCUGAAGCGGCGCACACGUUCGGUCCCCUCGACGGGUCCAUCUACGCCACAGUGGUGCGCGCGGGCGGCGGACCCGCGUCCCUGCUCAGCGCGUCUAUGGACUCCGGCAUCUCGUCGGCGGGGAGGCGCGCGGCGCCCAGCCCGCCCGAUGAGCUCGACGCGCUGCUCGGGGACAUGCUGCGCACCGUCAGCGCGCUGCCCGACCCGCCCGGCGCGCAGCCUGCCGCCGCGCAAUCGCACUCCGACCGCGCGUCUGACAUACCGUAUCACGCGCGCGCCGACUCGGCUCCCUUCACCUACGGAGCGCCAGGCUUGCGACCCGGCAUGCUGCGCGCUCCCAAUCGCCUGGCCAGCCCCGAGCUGGUGCGGCGGGCUCUCGGCGGCGACCGCUCCUACCGACCCAUCGAAGACGACGACGAACGAGUCGCUACCCCUGAACCGCCAUCCCCUCAUACCCCUGUUUCUCCGCGCACCCUUCGUAAACUUACUCAUGAAGAUGUCACCACUACCACUACAGCAGUACCACCGCCGGCCUCUCCUUUACGAAAUGGGAGGUGGUUGAACGGGGACGCGGAAUGGACCGACCGACCUCCAAGUAACGCUCGCAAGGCGAUUGAAGAAAAUGGGACGUGGCGAUCAGCAAGCACGUUGGGAUGGCACGAAAGUUCAAGGGCGAGGGAGCCGCGUAGGUCAGAGAGUGCUUUGGAAGGCAGCACUGGCCUUACGUGGCUGCAGCGGCAACAACAGAAGCUACGGGAAAGGAAAGAAGCCAGGGAGAGAGUCCAGCGGUUACCUCUUGAAUGGGAUGCCACUUCCAGACAUGUUCGCCGCUCUGCUAGCCACCGAAUGGACGGCUACACUAGCGACACAACAGCAUUUGCCGACGACGAUGACGACUUCAGUGUUCCCUUACACGUCCACACAUUACGAACUCCACUUAGGAACGAUAGUAUCAGUCCGCAAGCACCUGACAGGACCUCAUCUAGAAAAUUCAUGUUCGAAAAGAUGACGAUGCGCGAGUGGAGUGACAGUAACACGCCCACGUCUACCACUGCGCCUGGUCUUCUGUCGCUAGCGGAGCCCCCCAGCAAUGACACUAUCAUUCGAGAGCGGACCGAAAGCUGGUCGCGGUCGGAGUCCCGCGCGGGCACGCCGCUGUUCCCCACGCACCCGCGCACGCCCUACCCGCCCACGCCGACGCCCUCGCUCAGCGCGCGCCCGCCGCGCUCGCCGCCCGUCACCAGAAAAGAGCGCGAAAGCAGCCCCGAAUCGGAGUAUCGGAUCUACAACGGCAGUUGCGGGUCGCGGCGCUCAAGCGCGGGCGGGUCGGAGCCGCAGCACGUGGCGCCCGACCGCGAGCGUUUCGCCAGGGACACCAGUCACUUCUGGUACAAGCCCAACAUUUCCCGGGACGACGCGGUAGCAGCGCUGCAGCAGCUGGAAGAAGGCUCGUUCAUCGUGCGCGACUCGAACUCGUUCCCGGGCGCAUUUGGGCUGGCCGUGCGCGCGGGCGCCGGCGGCGGCGUGCGCCACUUCCUCGUGGAGCCGGCGGCGCGCGGCGUGCGCCUGCGCGGCUGCCCCGACGAGCCCGUGUUCGGCUCGCUGUCGGCGCUCGUGUACCAGCACACCGUCACGCCGCUCGCGCUGCCGGUGCCGCUGCGGCUGCCCGACAGGGAUCCAUGGAGCGGCGGCACCGCGAACGCGGCAGCUCGGGCACUACUAGCCACAGGGGCGGCGUGCCACGUGCUGCUGCUCGGCUCCGAGAACACCGAGGCGCUGACCGGCCCCGCCGCCGUCAAGCGAGCCGUCACCAACAUUAUACUGAAGAAGGGAGGAGCGCACGUGGUACAUUUCAAAGUGUUCGGCGGCGGCAUCACACUAACAGAUGCGGCGCGCAAACUGUUCUUCAGGCGGCAUUAUCCCGCCGCCAACGUGUCGUAUGCCGGCCUGGACCCGGACGAGCGACGGUUUGCACACGUCGACAACGGCAAUAAGAAUGAAAAACGCAUUUUCGCGUUCGUGGCGCGCGCGGCGACGGGCUCCGACAACCAGUGCCACGUGUUCGCCGAGCUGGAGCCCGAGCAGCCCGCCACGGCCAUCGUCAACUUCGUCAACAAGGCAUUACUCGGAAACUCGCAGAAAAAGGACAUAAUUUAACGGCAUCUAACAUCAACUGAGUCUAGGUAAUGGAAUACUCAUAGGACUUGUUAUGCACUAACAGUGAUCUACGAAACCCCAGCUACUUUGUGGCAACACAUACAGAGUGAAUAAUCUAAAUAGACCAAUACUUAUUUAAACGUUUCACUCUGUAAAGUUGGGAAGCAUUAUUGUCCGUGUAAACAUUGAGUAUAUUAACUACAUUUGUGAGAUAUUUUACAAAUUGAACUUGGUCACUAUGAACUUUAAUUCAUUUACUAGUAUAUAAAUGAACUCAUUUCAAAGAUUUUAUUUUUAAUACGCUUCGUAUUCACCAAGUACAAUUAACCAGCCCUUUCGUUAGUUUUAAGCUAAAUUAAUAUAAAUGUUAUAUUAAUAGUGUAGCAUAGAGAAGGAACUAACUAGUCUCAUAUAUUAAUUUAAUAUAUAAUGUAGUGAUAUCGAGCGUGCCUAUAUAAUGUUUAAAACGUCUACACUGUCAAUGUGUAUUUUGUGUAUUAAGGAUAGAGUCCAUAAUUUGAUGAGAAUGUGAUGCAAUUCUGUCAUCUGUUGCUUCAUUUGGCAUACAAUUAAAUGUUCUAAUAUAGCACAUAACAGAUUUUUAGUAUGUAUCAAAUUAUUGGGAUAUUAAUGGGCAUAAUCAGAAUCAUAUUAAUAUCUGCGUAUGUAAUUAUGAUUAAGUAAAUAUAUUUUAAUAAUACCUAAUGCGUACCAAACUCAAACAUCUUUCUAUUAUAUUAGAAGUACCUAAUACACACCCUGUAAGGAAGGACACAGCAUGUUAGUCUUAUACAUAGAAAAAACAUUAUUGUUUCAAUUUGUUGUGUGUGUUAAAUUAGAACAGUUAAUUUUAUGCGUUUUCAUUAAAUGAUAUUUGUUAUGCGCAUUCAAUGGAUAUUUUGCAAAGCCGGUCGUGAAAAAGCUGUAGAGAAGAACUUAGAUUGAAAAUUAAAGAUCUAGAUAGAAAAUAGAUAAAUGAGAUAGAACUAUAAUUCUAAUCGAUAUUGACUCUUUCGUAGUCUAAUGGCUAACUCGUGAACCUGCAAUUAAAAUCUACAUACAUAAGAGUCCAGUAAUUAUACAACGAAUAAUGUGAGUACAAGAAUGCUUAAAACGACUCAAUAAAUAUGUAAAAAUAACCUGUAAAAAUGUUAAGAUAAAUAGGUGCAUAAGGUAUAUUUCAAAUAUUACAGCUUUGAAAAUCCAAAAUAAAACAUUUAAUAUUUAUUAGCACAGUAAUAACAUUACAAUGACUGCACUGAUUCAUUCAAGAACCCCUAAAGUAUUUGGUACAAAUUAUUUAAUAAUUUGCCUAUAAUAUGACUACAAACUAUUAAAACCAUAGUAGCAAUCCGUCAGUAGGAGUAGCCUAGUAAACGAUAUCAAUAUAUAAUGGGUUGCAAUCUUUACUUGACAUAUUGUAUAUAAAUUUAUUAUUAAUAGUACAUUACUACACAGGCCGUGAAGUAAGGGGUUGGCAGCCGAACGUAGUGAGGCCAGACAGUUAUGAGGCCGGCAACCCCUUUUCACGCUGAUGUAUGUAUAGUGCUUUUUUCAAACAUGCAAUGAAAUAAUAAUACAAAUAUGAUGGUGAUGAUGACUGUUUCAUGCCCUGAUGUGAUAGGUUAUUCAGUGCGUGGGGUAUUAAAGGGGAACUUUAAUAAAAAAUACCAAAUUUAGCUUUAUUUAAUUAUUUUAAGUCAUAAACCUUAAAAUUUCAUAAGAAACAUCUGUUUUUUUAUAAUGAUGUUGAAUGUAAUUCUGAACGCACAAGUUGAGUCGAUGCAAUUUCAACGCAUCGUCAGAAAUGUCAACAUUGUCAACAAAAAUUUUACUUUACGUAAAAAUACACAACUUCCAGAGUUUUCUGUUAUAAUAUCGUAUUAUCGUAAAGAAAUGAGUGAUUCCAGUGAUGAAGUUGAUCUAACGCCUGUGGAAGUCGCACUUUCCUCGCUAUAGUGAGGGGAAAAGUUUUGUGUUACACACGGGUGCAAAUGUAUUUUACUUCUCGUGUGUUGAAAUACUAGCGGGUAAAAUACAACUUUGCACCCUUGUAUAACAAAUAACUAUUCUUGUUUUUUGUUUUUUUUUUACAUUAAUUAGGGGUUUCUUAGAGGGGAGCGAAAAUUUGAUUAUUUUUGCGCUACGACGCACGGUUAAGGAGAUACAGCCCUAUAAAGAUGAAAAAAAAACAGCUGUUCAACAUUCAUGAACACAGACGCCAUGUUUACAUUAAAAUAAUAAAAAAAAUAGUUCCCGGCCUAGGCCUUCAAUUUUGUAUGAAAUUCCUUUACAGUUUUCUUGAGUUGCUCCGCCCGAAACGUGAUACUUUGAAGCCUGUUACAACGCACGUAAGGACGACAUUUCAUUGCAUGUUUGAGAAAAGGUAUUAUGUACAGUCGAGGUCAAAGAUAUGUUUACACUUUUGCACCUUACUCCUUUGUAAUAAGGCGAAAAAUUUAAACAUAUAUUUGAUGUUAACUGUACCGUAUUAUACAACCCGUAAUCGAUAUUUGACGCCAUAGAUAUGCCUUAUAAGAGUACACCAGUGAUCUAAAUAAGAAUUAUAUUUUAAUUCUUUAAUGAUAACCAGUUAAGAUAUUAAUGUUAAAUGUAACACCUUUAUUGUAAUAAAUAACUGUUGUAAAAUGUAUUUAUUGGUUAUAAUACAUUAUUUGAAAUAAA